AUGGGAGAGGAGGCGAUACUUCCAAGCGCCGGACACGACGUGCCUGUGACCGUUGCAGGAUCAAGAAGGCGAAGUGCGAUGGAGGAUCGAGAUGCAAGACUUGCAAAGCGAACGAUUCUCCUUGCACCUACACCGCUCGAAGGGGACGCGAUGCUAGAAGUUAGUGAGUUGAUGCACGAUGUUGGUCCUUCUGAGCUACCACCACUGACCCCAGGCUUCAACUACAGUUACUGCCGCAUGCGGGAUGUUUACGAUGAAGCAGUUCAGCGAUUAUACUGGGCUUGCCGACGUCGCCGUGAUUUUCCAGGCGACGUCCCCGAUGAAUCCAUGGGGGCAGUCACCACAGAUGCCAUCCUUCAUGGUCUGGGCUUGAUUGGACCGGGCCAUGAAGAUCCCACUGUACCAAUGGCUGCCGGAGAGACUCGCAAGGACGCCGAUUCCUCGGCUGAGGAGAUUGGUCCUGACCAGGACCACCACCAGCUUUUGACAAGGCUUUCCACCGCAGAGGGCUCUACACCGAACGAUCAGGGCGACUUGUCACCAACGACUACGCGAUCCUCAUUCUCCUCGUCCUCACGAUCGUACGAUGGCUCUGCGAUGAGCUCAGUGCCUUCGCUCACCCAGGUGACGACGACAGCGACAACGGCCGACAUGGGCUUUGACAUGAAUGUAGAUGCUCCGCCGCAGGGUAUACACUAUUCCUCGUCCGCUUCGUCCCGGUCAACAAAUCUUGACAGCAUGACGGCGACGCCGACAAUGACCAAUAAUCAUACUUGCUACGGAGUCGACGUCGAAUCUUAUCUGAACGUCGAUGCGUUUCUAGACGCAAACUUCUGCGGCAUGCCCGACUCUGAUGCAUCUGUCUCAAUGGGCAUUUUUAACGACGCAAUGACCUUCAAGAGCCACCAUGGUGGUCAUGUCAACGGGUCGUUAUUUCCUGGACAGCAAACGUUUUCCCCUACGAAAGGUGAUGGCUAUCUUUCACCAUGGCCUGGUUCGUUGGCUGCCGUCUAUUCCUCGGCUCCCUAG